UUCAUACCGACCGAGUGCGCUCGGCGUGCCAACGUAUCCGCACGAGGAAGGUUCGCGCUCAUCUGGCAAGCGUGACAACUGCGUGAAAGAGCAGUGUCGAGUGACAUACCACAUGCCGCUCGAGCUGCGCCGAGCUUUGUUUUGUCGGGCCGCAAAUGGAUACAGCAAGCCCGGCUGCCCUUGCAACGACGGCUGCUCUGCUUUUGAGCGCUGUCGCCGUCGCCUUCGUAUUUCUUCUCAGAUGGCGACGGAAAACUUUCGAUUUCUUCCGGGGGACUGGCAUCUCGGGUCCACCCCCGAGUAUAUUAUCGGGCCACUUCCACCAAUUCUGGGGAGAGAACACCGUGGAAGUUAUGGAUGAGUGGUUCAAGAAAUACGGAGACAUUUACGGGAUGUUCAAUGGCGACGCCCCUUUUGUCUUGGUGAAGGACAUUGAACUUUUGAGGCGCGUGUUCGUCAGCGAUUUCGGUCAUUUCGUGGACAGAGGGAUUGUAUGGAGAUCCGUGAACGACAACCCGGCGUUUCGCAACUCGAUAAGCGUCGCACGUGUGGACCGUUGGAAACCCAUACGGCGCUGCAUCUCUCCGGCUUUCACGGCAAACAAGCUGCGAGCGUUUGUUCCAGGCAUGGUCGAAGCCGUGGACAGCUUCUUGGAGAUCCUCGAGGAGCGAAGCGUUCGCGAAGGCCCGUCUGGUGAGCAGAUCGACGUGCGACCUUACCUGAACACCCUGGCGUUCGACUUGGUGGCCAGGACCACGUUCGGUAUGCGUCUCGACGUCCAGAAAAACCCGACCAACCCGCUGUUCGUGCACGCCACGUCGGUACUUCCAGGAACACUCGCCACCCUCUUCCGCACGGCGAUGCAGCUCUUUUCGGACGUGAAAGGCUGCGUGCCUCUCAUGCUGACCCUGGAACGAUGGCUCGGGUACGAUGCGUUCCUGUCACUGGCCGAUUGCGCCAAACCCGCCAUCGAAAUGCGGAGAAAGGACUCGAAGCUGACACGACCAGACCUUCUCCAGUGCAUGCUGGAAAUGGAAUUCGACAAAACGCAGAUAGACGUGAAUGGAUUCAACUGGACCAAGGAGGAAUGGGAACAAUGCAAAGGAAAGGAGAAAGUGGCACUGCCCGUUAAAGACGUGGCUGCGAAUGCUGCCAACAUGCUUCAAGCCGGGUUCGAGACCGUGGGGGUCACGCUGUCGCACUGCCUGUUCUGCAUCGCCAAGUUCCAGGCGGUCCAGGACAAGAUCAGAGCUGAAACUGAAGCCGCCCUCGCGAAACACGGGGAGUUCUCCUACGACGCCAUUUCCGACCUACAGUACACUUCACAGACAAUACUGGAAACGUUGAGAAUGUACACUCCAGUGAUAGCGUUUACAACCAGACGCGCGUCCUCUGAUUACCGCUACGAAAACAUGCUUUUGCGGAAAGGUGUCAGCGUCUUGGCCUGCAGUUACCAAGUUCACCAUGACCCCAACCUGUGGGAGCGACCAGAUGAAUUCGACCCAGAAAGGUUCGCCCCCGAACAGAGAGCGUCCAGAGACCCACUUGCCUUUCAAGCGUACGGCAUGGGACCACGAAAUUGCGUCGGCAUGAAGCUGGCGCAGCUGGAAAUGACGCUCGUUGUUGCCAAGCUCGUGCACCGAUUUCGGCUGCAUCUGGGCUCUAAACACGUUAACGGUGAACUGAAACGACACACAUACUCCAUCAUUGCAUGCCCCGUGGAUGGAGUCUGGAUCCGUCUUGAAAAGCUCAUAGGUGGAUCGUAACAAGACAGAACGAGUACGUGACAAGUUUUUUUCAAAGGAGUCCCGCCAACCAAGCAUCAAUUGCCAUCGUGCACGCGGAAGACACAAGCGAAGCGAAGGUGUUGCAAGUGUUCAUUGUGUAUCAAGGAACAAAGAAAUUCCACACCAUGUAGCGUCAUUUCAGAUACGAAAGUCCUUUGUCGGUCUUCUGCAAACUGCACCGGCGUUGUAUCUCACGUAAUGUGUCGCUGUUGAAUAA